AUUUGGAGUAAGCAGAGGUGAGGAAGGGAAGAUUUCUAGUACACAGCAGCAGCAGACCAUGAAUAAGACGGAUUUUGAAAUAUAAUAGGGACUGCCUGAUGAUUGCUGCUGUUGAAGAUUCCAAUUACUGGAAUAGUCAGUAUGGAUCUUGCAUGGAAGGGAGAGAAACUGUAAUGAAUCUUUUCUGGAUACAAAUGCAUACAAAAGGCAGUGGGAACAUAUAGAUUGUUAUAAUUAUGAUAUAAUGAUUUGUUAGCCUGCAUCAAUGUGGUCUCAGGAGAAAGAAUAAUCUCAUUAGAUGGACUAACUACAAGCAAGACCAGGAAAUCUGAUUGCAAUAUAGAUUUUCUGGGCAUUCCAGCACUGAUGCUGUAAGACCUACGGAACAGAAGAAAAUCAAAUAUUCUGCUAUUAAUUUGAGAUCCUUUUGCACCUUGAAGAAAUGGAAAAUGAGGUGGCGAAAACUGUUGACAACCAAAUGGAAAAAUAUAUAGUUACAAUUAUGGGGAAGUCAGAAAGUCAAAUGGACAUAGUAGAGAAGUCAAGCAAGUCUGUCAAGAAAUCAUGGAGUAUUCUGGAGAUUGGACUGACUGUAUUGCUUUUUCUGAUGACCUGUGCUGCUGUCGUACUUCUGAUUUUGUAUACAAGCAACAAAGAAAAUGUAUGUACAACAACAGGAUGUGUUACAGCAGCUGCAAGGAUUAUUCAGAACAUGGACCCAACUAUUGAACCAUGCACUGAUUUCUAUCAAUAUGCUUGUGGUGGUUGGUUAAACAAACAUGUAAUACCAGAAACCAGCUCUAGAUAUAGUAUCUUUGAUAUCCUCCGGGAUGAGAUGGAGAUCAUAUUAAAGGGUUUAUUGGAAAUGCCAGAACAAGAAGACCGUGAUGCCUUUAAAAAAGCCAAAAUUCUAUAUAAAUCGUGUAUGAAUGAAAGUCUGAUUGAGCAGAGAGACUCACUACCUCUGAUAGAACUUUUAGCUGUGGUUGGGGAUUGGCCAGUUGCUUCCACAGAUUGGAAUCUCACCAAAGAGUCUGGAUGGAGUUUGGAAGAAAAAAUGUCCCUUUUGAACUUUAGAUUUAACAAAAGAGUCCUCGUUGACAUGUUUGUAUGGAACGAUGAUCGUGAGUCCAGCAAGAACAUUAUUUAUAUUGACCAACCAAGCCUAGGAAUGCCUUCGAGGGAUUAUUACUUUAAUAGUGGAAAUUAUAAAAGGAUAAAGGAAGCUUACUUACAGUUUAUGAUUACCAUUGCCAAAAUGGUAAGGGAAGACAAGAACCUGACUAAAGACGACAGCUUUGUUCAAGAAGAAAUGACUCGUGUGAUGGAUUUGGAAACAGAUAUUGCAAAGGCAACAGCUCCAUCAGAGGAACGAAAUGAUGUCACCUUGUUGUACAAUAAAAUGACCCUCGUUGAGUUCCAGCAAAAAUUUGCAUUAGAUGUAAAUGAUUUUAACUGGACCAGUUUCAUACAAGGAGUUAUGUCAUCUGUAAAUAUUCAGAUUCAUGCAGACGAAGAAGUGGUAGUAUAUGGGGUUCCUUACCUUCAACAGCUUAAAAGUAUUCUCUCCAACUAUUCAGCAAGCACUUUGCAAAAUUACCUUGUAUGGCGAUUGGUGAUUGACAGAGUCAGCAGUUUAAGCAGACGUUAUAAAGAUGCUCGAGCCAACUACAGAAAGGCACUGUAUGGGACAACUUUAGAAGAGGCUCGCUGGAGAGAAUGUGUGAGUUAUGUAAACAGCAACAUGGAAAAUGCAGUUGGAGCAAUGUAUGUCAAAGAAACAUUUGCUGGUGAGAGCAAAAGGAUGAUCAGUGACCUUAUAAAUAAAGUCCGUGAAGCAUUUAUUGAAACUUUGGAUGAAUUGCAAUGGAUGGACGGAAUAUCUAAGGACAAAGCCCAAGAAAAAGCAAUGUCCAUUAAAGAGCAAAUAGGGUACCCAGACUAUAUUUUGGAAGACCACAAUGGUAAACUGGAUCAGGAAACUUCAACAUUAAACUUCAGUGAGCAUCAAUACUUUGAGAAUAUAUUGGAAAUCUUAAAGGCUGGAGCUCAAAAGAGUCUAAAAAAAUUGAGAGAGCCAGUAGACCAAGAUGCGUGGAUAAUCGGAGCUGCUGUAGCUGAUGCUUUUUACUCACCUAACCGAAACCAAAUAGUAUUUCCUGCUGGAAUCCUACAGCCUCCAUUUUUCAGUAAGCACCAGCCACAAGCAUUGAAUUUUGGUGGGAUUGGCAUGGUUAUCGGACAUGAAAUCACCCAUGGGUUUGACGAUAACGGCAGAAACUUUGAUAAGGAUGGAAAUAUGUUUGAUUGGUGGAGCAACUUCUCAGCAAUGCAUUUCAAAGAUCAAUCACGUUGUAUGGUCUAUCAGUAUGGAAAUUACACGUGGGAACUAGCAGGAGGACAAAAUGUUAGUGGCAUUAUAACUUUAGGAGAAAAUAUUGCCGACAAUGGUGGAGUCAGACAGGCAUACAAGGCAUAUCUGAAAUGGGUGCAAAGACAUGGAAAGGAGCCCAAACUACCAGGGCUGGAUCUGACAUACAAGCAACUUUUUUUCCUCAAUUUUGCUCAGGUGUGGUGUGGUUCAUACCGACCAGAGUAUGCUAGGCAUUCCAUCAAGACGGAUGUUCACAGCCCCUUCAAAUACAGGGUCAUGGGCUCUUUGCAAAACUUUGAGGCUUUCUCAGAAGAAUUUAAUUGCAAGAAGGGUACAAAAAUGAAUCCUGCAGAGAAAUGUCGAGUUUGGUAGACAAGAAGAUUCAAAAUGGUAUUUUAAAAGAAUUAUUACAAAAAUGUCUGCUGGGCUGGCUUACACAUAUUGAACAGUUAUAGCCAACACUGUGGCCUGGUGUUUCCCCUGUUCAGAUCAGAGUUCUGGAAAAGUGGUGCAAAGACAGAGUUGAGAGGUGACAGACAUACUGUUUUAGGGUUCAACUAGAAAAAAAUGAAGAAGUAAAUUAUUAGUGCAGUAUGUUUUAUCUCUGGAAUAAAAUGCUGUAACUGACUGUUUUAAUGGCUUGACUGUUAUAAAAUAAAAUACUGCUGUCAGGUUUUCAAAUACUAGUUUUAAAAAUAAAUAUUUUUCCUCAAAUUUAUUUCCCUUUUAAUAAAUAUUAUAUGUCAGUGUUGCCAACAACCCAUUGACGUUUCUGAUGUGACUGUCAUUAUUUGCAACUUAAAUGUUAACAUUUCAUUAAUAUAUUUAAAAGCAAAAUAAAAAAUGUUCAGGUUUAAAAUAUUAGUAGAUAAAUUUGCUGUAUGUGGGGGGAGGGCAAGAUGUUGAAUGUAUCAGUGACAAAAAAACAACUAAUUUUAUAUGAUUCUUAUUAAAUGUGUUAUAUAACUAGAUUAAGAUAUGUUGGAUACGCCUACAUUGCAAGACAAUCUUGCAGAGUUUUUUUAAUUAAAAAAAAAAAUGUAUAGAAAUUCAUAUUGUAAGGACAUAUUUUUCCCACAAUAUAUCUUUAAAAAGUCUCUGUUGGAUAAGAUAUAAUGAGAUAUAUAAAUAUGUGAUCAUGUAAAUUUAUAUGUGAAAACUUUAAUGCUGAGAGUAGAUCUGACAUAGCGUACUAAAGUAAGAACAAUACAUAUAAUGUAAUUAAUUAUCUGCAAAGGUUUUGUGAGAUUGUAAAAUUACAUAGUUCUAUAUAAUAAAUUAUCAUUGCUUCA